AUGUCUCUGCGAGACGAGUGGUGUCGCCUCGUGGAGGAAGUGGCCGGCAUCAACAACACCGAUCCGCUGCCGAGAGAGUACACACCAGUAGAAUACCUGCCGGGCGGACGCGACAUACCAGAGGCGGUGCUGCAGCAUGUCCGCUCCGCCGCCGCCGAGUUUGAUGCGGAGGCGCGUGCACUCUUUCAUCCGCAAAUGACGCCUGAAGAGGGGUAUCGUGCGGCACCGGUAGUGACUCGGCAGGGCGCCUUCUCCUCCUCACUUGUUAACCCGGAGGAGAACGGCGGUAACAACAACGGGGAGCAGGAGAAGAGCAACAAUAAUAACCGCAGUGGAAGCGGCAACGACAAGAAGCUACUCAAGUUGAGCUCUGAGGGGCCGAACUUCUUUGAGGCUUACCGUAGACAUGCGACGGCUGCGGCUGCGGCGGCUGCUGCGGCCGUGGCAAAAGGGAAUCGCGACAGCGUCUCCGCGGCCGUCGCCAAUGCCGCAUCCGCGUCUGGUGUUGCCCGAUCCCUUGGCAGUGCUUCUCGCCUUGCCUCUGGCUUUCUGCUGCCAGAGUACUACACCCAGAAGCACCGCCAGCCCGAUUUUAUUCCCGUCAUCCUCGUUCCUGCCUCCGUUUCAUCUCUUUUGCAGCUCUUUAACAUUCGAGAGUUUUUGGAGCGGGGUAUCUAUAUUGACCCACCCACGCUUUUUGUGGAUGCCGAGACAGGGGCCGUGAAUGUGCAGGAAAGCAAGCCAGACACCGUCAUCCUGUCCCCUGGUAGCUUCUUGGAUGCUGAAAAAUACACCGUGGCGUAUAAAAUGUUUCGUGUGGUGGAUGACCCCAAACAGGUAAAAAAUUGGCAGCAUGUGUGCGCCUGCAUAGUGGAUGGACACGAAUGGCAGUUCCGUGGCUGGUUUCCCAACGAAUCCGCUCCUAUACCAGUGAGUGAACUCUUUCAGCGCGUCUGUGGCUUCUUACCCUACCUUGAGGAGGAGAAGUUGCCCACGGCAUUGCAGCAGUGGCACGUCAAGCCACUUCCGCUGACGCGUCGUGUUGUGAAAUCGCACGCGCACAUUCUUCAGGCUUCUAUCUUCUGGGAGCACUUGUACACGUUUUUGGAGACGCACCCAUUUUUCAAGCUCUUCACGGUGCCGCUUGACUGA